AGAAGAAGAAGCAGGAUGAUCAUCGCUGGAAUUAAGAUGGACUGGACGAUCAGAUUGUAUGCCGUUGUAUGGAUCUUGACCAUAACUACGCCAAGUUACAAGGCAACAAGUUUGGAAAGUCCAAAUAACGAUGGAAAUAGAGAAGAGACGCCAUUGGAGGAAACUACAGAGGAUUAUUGGGCAGGAAGUGGAUCUGGACCGGAAGAUGAGCAAUCUCUGCAAAAUGAGACUAGAGAAUCUUUGAUUCACGAGGCAAGUGAUCACGAUGCGGUGGUCUAUGUAGGAGAAGGUGGAGCAUACGUUCCAGUAUCAUCUGUAAAAAAUCGUCCAUUAAGUCCAAAUCUUCAAGCAUUGCAAACUCUUCAAGGACUUCAAGGAUUAACAGGAGGGGGUGGAACAGGUGUGGUAGCUGACGAAGAAUGGCGGAGACAUCCGGAAACUUGGGAUCGAGAACAUCGAAGAUAUAGGCCCAAUACCACGAGAGUACAACAUAUCGAGGCAGAGUGCCAAGAUGACUAUAUGAAAAUCAGAAUCGGUUUUAAUGGCUCGUUCACAGGAUUACUUUACUCAGCAGGAUACUCCUACGAUCCGGACUGCAUGUACGUUAACGGAACGGGCCGUGAUUACUAUGAAUUUUACAUCCAAUUGAAUCGGUGCGGCACUCUGGGCGAGAAUACUCAUCACCAGGACAGCAGAAAGAACCCCACGAAAAAUCUCAUGUGGAACACAGUAACCGUCCAAUACAAUCCGCUGAUCGAGGAAGAAUUCGACGAACAUUUCAAGGUCACUUGCGAGUAUGGAUACGAUUUUUGGAAGACAGUAACGUUUCCCUUUCUUGAUGUCGAGGUCGCCACGGGAAAUCCCGUAGUCUUCACCCUCCAGCCACCAGAGUGCUACAUGGAAAUCAGAUACGGUUACGGGACCACUGGAACUAGAGUGGCUGGACCAGUUCGCGUCGGCGAUCCUCUGACUCUCAUUAUCUACAUGCGCAGUAAAUACGAUGGUUUUGAUAUCGUCGUGAACGACUGUUACGCCCAUAAUGGCGGGAACAAGAGGAUUCAGCUUAUCGAUCAGUACGGAUGUCCCGUUGACGACAAACUGAUAAGUAGAUUUCGUGGAUCCUGGUCUGAGAGUGGUCUAUUCGAGACCCAAGUUUUUGCUUAUAUGAAGACAUUUAGAUUUACAGGAUCGCCUGCUUUAUACAUCGAGUGCGAUGUUCGUAUGUGCCACGGUCGAUGUCCAAGUCAACCAUGCCAUUGGAGAAACGCUAAAAAUGUUGCGAAAAGAUCCGUAUCAGACAUGAUUGGUGGACCGACAACACCUGCUACUAGUUUAUCGGAAAAUGUUAAUCUUUUCCAAUCCCUUCGAGUACUUCAAGAAGGGGAAGUUGACACGGAACUUUUCCAAAAUUCUACAACAGCUUCUCGUAAUGGUGCAAAUGAUUCCUCAAACGAUAGAGUUUGUUUAAGAUCGAACGUGAUGAGCACGAUCGUUGGAUUAGGUUGCAGUAUAAUUUGCUUAUUGUCUGGUACAUUGUUGGCAAUGUGUUCGCGAAUGCGACGACAAGCAAGAGAAAAAUUACUAUCGGAUAGCAUAAGCUAUAUGACGCACAAGGGUAGAAUUAAUUAAAUGGUCGUGGGAAGUGGGGAGGGGGGAAAGAAAAUAUACAUUCGGAGAUUAAUUUCGUUCUUUUUUCCCCGCGGUUAUCACGAUUUCUAACUUACCGACGAAUAUCGGUAAUAUAGAGAAUGUAGGGUACAAAGAUUAAUAAAAAUUUGUCGGAAACACAGAAAUCUAUAUUACCGUAUAUCGAUAUUAUAAGACGUCGAUGUAAUCGGGAGGGACGAACGAUAAAAAGAAAAACGAAAGAAAGAUUUAUCUAAAUGCCAGCGAAAAUGCAAGUUUACACGCUACUUUGAUAAAAGACUUUAGUACUUUAGUGUGCCUAAUGAAAACAAAAAAAAAGAUUUAUACACAAGUAACGCCUUAACACAACUCUAAUUUACUCUAUAUAGAGUAUAUAUAGUUUAUAUAGUUCAACUCAUUAAUUAAUCAUAAUUUCAUUAAUACUCAAAAGACGAGGAAAGUGUAACAAUUUGCUAUUUAUCUUUUUCGUUUUUAUCUUUUGUUUUUUUAUUUUAUUUUUCUAUUUCCGUAUUGUAAAAAUGUCUUGCAAAAAAAAGAUAGAGUUCGACCGAUAAGGAAGUAAUCGUUGAAAAUUGUGAUAUCAAUUGCACUUGUAAAUUUCAACAAAUGUUUUUUGAUUUCAUAUUUUCGUGAUGACGCUAUUUCCAUACUUUUUGAUAAUUCUUAAUGUUUUUUUUAUUUUUAUAUAUAUUUACGCUCUUUGCAAACGACGUAGACCGAUCUUUUCUCUCUUUUAUUCUUUACUAUAAACAUAAAAAGUUUGAGGGUAAUCCGUUGGCUUAUCGUACAGUAAAAAACGAUAAUAAAACGUUGAUAAUAAAGUGUUUGAUAACUUUGCCAGAAAAUCCUCGGCGUAUCGAGUUUGUUUCUUGAAAUAAAGUAAAUUCAUUCGGUACUUUCGGGGAUUCGAAAAACGAGCGUAUUAGUUAGAGGAUAUAUUAUUAAUAAAAAAAACUUCGGUGACAAUAAUUAUAAGUUAACAGGCCAUUACUCGGCAUAUUCAGGAACGUAAAAAUUAUUCUUUUAAGAAAAGAAUUUGAGGGGAAAGUUACCGUGAGUCGGUAAUUGUUUGACAAGAAUACGAGUCUUCAUGAGAGCCAUCCCUUAAUUGAAAGGGCCACAUAUAACGUUUCUGAAUGUUCGCGAAUAAUGUUUAAUUUUAAAGCUUUCAUUUGUUAUUAUAUUAUGGUAUGACAAUUAAUUAAUUAAAUAAUUAAACGUAGGAUUGAUUAUAUUAUGGCUAAAGUAUGCUAAAAGUUCGAAUCCUGAUCUCUCGUAAAAUAUCACAAUAAAAGAUUUUUAAAAGAUACAAGUGCAUAAAAAAAUACUAAAUUUAAACAAAAGAAGGGAAAAUAAAUAGAAGGAAAAAAAAGAUGCUCUUCCAACUUACGGCCAGUGAGGAUUAAAUAAUAUUUCGUUCAUUUCCAAU